GGGGCCUGCUACGCAAACACGGUAGUGCGCUUGCGUAGCCACAUUUUCGGACGGGAGAGGAGGAGAAGGGAGCGUCCAGGCGCAUUUGGGGAAGAAAACAGAUAAAUCACCCCCAAACAGACCCGCAGGAAUCAUGGGGAGUGUGUUCCUGCCGGCAGACGUGGCCCACUCGGUGCUGCGGCGGCUGCGCAGGGCCAACUUCCUGCUGGAGGAGAUGAAGCAGGGCAACAUCCAGAGGGAGUGCCGUGAGGAGAUCUGCACGUACGAGGAGGCCCGCGAGGCUUUCGAGAACGAUGAGAAGACGAGACGUUUCUGGGAGGAAUAUGUGCGGGAGAGCAGCCCGACCGGAGGGCUGGAGGCCGUGGUGGGUGGGGUCCACUCUCUCUACUUGAUUCUGCCGUUGCUAUUGGUCGUGCUGCUGAUCGCUGCGGUGGCCAUCACUGUGUGGCGCUGCCACUCCCGCAAGCGCUCUGAGCGCAGCCCCAGCCUGGGACGCUCGCAUCAUGAUCCCGGCCUGUCAGUGGUCUCUAUGGACCAGUGGGGCAGGGAAUACCACCACGCUGACCAAUCAGAGCUCAGUGCCCACAGCAGCCCAGCCUAUCCAGGUUCAGAGCUCACAUCUGGGAGAGGAAGUGCCGGAGACCCGCCACCGUCUUACGAGGAGGCUGUGGGUCAUGCGGAUGUCCGUAUAGAGACGGAGCCGCCCCCACAGUAUGACGACAUAGUCAACAGCAGCACUACAAAUGUCAACGGUGGCCAUGGGAAGUAAACAACCAGCCUGUCUGAUUACAACAACAAAUGCCCUAACCUACACUAAGACCUUGUCAUUUAGCAAUGCCAUCACUGUGGUAUCACUGGCCUCCCUCCAUCCAACACACACAGACACACCAUUAACUCCCUGGUUAAUGGACUAAUGGCAAUCUCUGCUGGAACCAGCGCUGCUGAAACUUGCACUAACCACGCAUCGAGGAGGUGGGGUGAUACUGGACAAGGAGCCAAUAACACUGCAAUACCAAAACAUACUUGAGACCUCCGUUGACUUUCCUCAAGAAGCAUUCACGCUAUCAUCUUGUAGCAAAUCAUUUAACUCAGAAGGCAUGACAAAAGCUACAGGUGGAGUAUAGGGGAAAAAACGGUUUAUGGUUGCCACGAGAGGAAAACAGUUGUAGAUGUAAAGACUAGGGUUUGUCUAAAAACCUGUCAAUUUUAAAAGCCAAUACCAAUAUUAUUUGUUUCUGACAGCCAGUAUCAGCCAAUAUCUUGUGCCAAUAUUCACUAUCUCUAAAUUUGACUAUUUUCAUGCCAAAAAAACCAAAACAAAAACAAAGAAUUAAUACCCCCCCUAUUUUUUUUUUCUUGAGACUGUGAAAGCCUCUGAAACAAGGUUUAGAUCGAGUGACAUUAAAACUAUAAACUGGAACCAAUAUUGAUACAGUUCUUUUAGGUGUGUUAGCAGCUCUUAAUGCAGCACUUGUUCAGUGGCAGGAGAAACUUUGGGUUACGUUAGACCUUUAAUUGAUCAGUUAAGUUACAAAAUGUAAUUUGAGCAAUAAUGCAUGAAUAAAAUAUGCAAAGGGAGUGAAAUUAAAUUCCAAAUUUGGCAGACUGUUAAACUAUUUAUGUGGCUGAAGUCAUGGAGGAACCUCCAUUAUACUGGCAGUGGACAGCAUUGACUGGCCGAUAUCCAACAUUUAAUACAGGGCCAGUAUUGCCCAGGUAUGUCAACCAACUGAUGUGUCUAUCUAACACUAGUGUAGAGUUAUCUUUUGGAUGGUUUGGAUUUUCAGAAUUGUUAAGAUAAGGAAAUCUGCUACAUAGAGCUGCUGAAAUGUGUUGUGUUAAUUCAUGUUUCAUGUGCCUAUAUUUUGGUCAGGCAUGCAAUUUGGUCCGUGUACAUGGACUUGGAUCAAACCUGGCAUUUGUCUGUUGAUGGCCAAUACUUUCCCACUCAUGUCAGGUGACAUUUACUCAGACCCUACUUGAAUACUGUGAAAAUGCAUCCUUCCCCACUUUCUCUCGCAAAGCAGAUCUAACUGCAUUUGAUAGGACUAAACAAUCUUCUGCUGUGCUACUUCCACUUCUUCAACAAUGUGACCUCUUCAGGGGAGGGUGCAUCGAAGACUGCUCAAAUAGGGCUGAAGCUAUACUAUAAAUGUGAGCAGUGUGGAGUGACCUGCAAAGGAAUGUGGGACAGAGAGCAAUAGAAACAGAAGCAUUGGGAAAAGAGGAGGUCGCACUACAAUCCCUUUCACUCAUUAGAGGGAAAAGAUGCAGUAUUAAAUGUCACUAUGGAGUGAGGCCAUGUUUAGCAUGUGUCAUGUUUCUGUAUAUAAAUAUAUAUAUAUUCUGUAUGUGUGAGAGUAACUUUUAGUGAGAGUGCUAAUUUUGUUACUGCACAGGAAUGCAGUGAAUGCAUUGAUACUAAUGUAACUAUUCUAGGUGGUGAAUGAAGGCACUUUGUGUUUAAGCUCAAAAUGAGCUGUCUAAUGAAUACUAGGCCAGAGCCUGGUUUCGCAUCUCCAGUGUCACUCUCAGCAAUAACGAUGUCACUGUAAUUCUCUGACAAAAAAAAAAAAGUCCUCCUGAAGUCAAUAUGCAAUAUAACUGCGUACAUUAUAUAAACCAAAUAUAUCUGCCUAAUGUUCAAUGACACUGAUAAAUGUUUGAAAUUUCUAUACCACACACAGCAGACUUUGAGCACUGAUCUGUUUUUUGUUUGUUUGUUUGUUUGUUUUUUUCUUUUUGCAAGUUGACCUGUGAACCUCAGCACUUGUUGCUCUGCGAUGACCUUGAACUGAGUUGUGCUGGUAGGGGGUAGCCAUUUUAGUUGGGUCAGUUGUACUGUUACUCAUGAAGUCCUGUUUUUACGAUGCCUUAUAAUAAACAAAAAUAUUAAACCCCCUUGAAUAACAUGGAAUUCAAGGGAACCUGUUGUAAAUCCUUGGAUAUAUGCAGAAGCUUGAAUUAAUUUGUAAUAAAACAUUUGUAAUGGG